AACAUUUCCUUCUCAAAGGUACCCUUCCAAAAAAUGGACGACAACAAAGGAGGAGGAAGCGAGUCAGGACUCAGUUCCGAUUGGGCCGAGUUGACUCACGAGUGCCUCAUCAACAUCCUCUCUCGCCUCACCUUGGAAGACCGAUGGACUCGAUCCAUGUUUGUCUGCAAAUCAUGGUUCCAAGCUUCCCAAGACCCCCGUCUUCACUCGCUCUUCGACCUCCAAACUCACUUUGACUCGGUCGCCGAGUCUCCUCUCUGGUGGACCACUCAGUUCGAGAGAAGAAUCGAUUCCAUGCUCCGAUCUGUCGUUGAAUAUAGUGAUGGAUCUCUCACGGAGAUUCGCAUCAGACACUGCUCCGAUCGCUCUCUCUCAUUUGUUGCUCAAAGGUGCCCGAACCUUCAGGUUCUUUCAAUUAAGAGCAGCCCAAAUGUGACCGAUGAAUCCAUUGCUAAGAUAGCUUCAGGGUGCCCCAAGCUCAGGGAACUUGACGUUAGCUACUGUUACGAAAUAUCUCACGAAUCUUUGGCACUGAUAGGAAAGAAUUGCCGCGACCUCAAAAUUCUGAAAAGGAACUUCAUGAAUUGGUUGGAUCCUUCUCAACACGUAGGAAUUGUCCCUGAAGCAUAUCUGAAUGCUUGCCCUCAAGACGGGGAUUCAGAGGCUGCCGCAAUUGGGAAGUUCAUGCCUCAUCUGCUCCACGUUGAACUUCGAUUCUCCAAAUUAUCAGCAAAAGGCCUCGUUUUGAUUUGUGAAGGCUGCCCGAACCUUGAAUAUUUGGAUCUCUCUGGGUGUGCCAACAUGACUAGUCGUGACAUCGUCAAUACAUCAUCAAAUUUAAAGAAUUUGAAGACUAUCAAGAAGCCUAAUUUCUACAUCCCCAGGUCAAUCUUCCACAGUGAGAGGUAUGGCCAUUGGAGGUUGUAUGAUGAGAGAUUCCAGACGGAUGUUUUCCGAAUUUGAUCAGGCAAGCGGAGAAAACUGCUUUAGCAAGUGGAUCGAUUCUGAUUCGAUCAAUGGUCUGGUUUUUUUAAUUUUCUUUCAAAUGUGUAUGUAGAGAUUUCGUAAGGGCUUGAUUAGCAAAGGUACAGCUGGAAUCUUUCUUGUGUUGUGCCUGUAUAUUGUGUUCUUAAAUUGUAUUAGGAAUUAUUGUUUCGUGUUUUGUUUUCUGAUGUGUUGGUAUUAAGAAUUAUUGUUCUUAUUUUGU